UGUUCAGUGUCUUUCAUCCUCUAGCGCUGGCGCACAGUGUCCUGUAACAUUAUAAUAACAGUACUCUUACAAAUGCACUGAUGCGUUUCUUUAUCUCAGCAUAGCUCCCUGUGACCAACAGAGGGCAGCAUGCGGUGCCCGCGGAGUCGAGCUCGGCUUCCCGUGUCGUUUUGCCGUGGACUGUGCGGCAGCAUCACAUUGCUCACGACUGUUCAGUACUUAAUCCCAGAAUUUAUCUGAGUCUAAAACCGCCUGUGGUGAUCCACUGCGUGUGUUUCUAUCCAGGUGUGCUUUCACUGCCCUGGCAGGUGCUGCCAAUCAGAUGUUUCUAGAUGUUCCUGCAUGGUGGAUGAAACUCUGAUGAUCAUACUUGAUCAGUUUGAUCAAAGCUCUCCAACACCGCUGGCUGACAUGCAGCUGAAACCACGACAGAGCCUCCACCAUGUCACAGAUGGCUGCAGACUCACUUUUGGACAUCCUCCUGACCACCUCGCACAUACUGACCACGAUUUGAACAGAGAAAGGUUAAAUUCUCCUUGUUUCCCUUCUGUUGGAGAAGUGGCCACCAGUAGGGUAGUGGUCUGUGGGGAGGAGGCGUCCAGUGAUACGUGGAGAGGUCUGGAGGAUGAUGAAGUUAAGCUGAGUGAUGCUGUGUGCAUGUGGAGAGGAGGCGGGGCUGCAGUGUAUCGAUCUAGCUGAUUCAAAGUGAUCGAUCAGUGAAACGUCCGUCAGCGUGGAGCGCCGAGGCUUGUUUUCAGGUCACGAGGACAGAGAAAUGAGAGAAGCCUCCUGAUGAUGUGUGAGGAUUCACUCCAGCGGGGCGACGACGGCUUCAUGCGGCUCAUCUCAGAGGAAACGAACCAGGCUUCAGAGGCCUGAAGGAGACGCAUCAACACUGAGGAGGAGGAGAGCAUGAGGAGAUGAAUGGAGUGAAGGAGGAGCCUGAGGAAACAGGAGAGGACUGUCAGCAGCUCCCUGCUCAAGGGGUGGGGCUCGAUCCAGGUGUGCAGAGUCUCUCUGCACCAGAUGAACCGGCUUCAGACAGCGCUCACCGGUCAAAGCGCUGCCACCGGUGCUCGGUAUGCGGCCGGGAGUUUUCGCGUCCCUCCCGCCUGGUCGAUCACAUGACCGCCCACACGGGCGAGAAGCCGUACAGCUGCUCGCUGUGCAGCAAACGCUUCACAAAGAAGAUAAACGUGGUGGUCCACCAGCGGGUUCACACCGGAGAGAAGCCGUACUCCUGCCCCGACUGCGGCAUCAGCUACGCCCAGCUCAGCUGCCUGCGGCGUCACCGGCUCGGCCACGCCGCAGAGAAACCCCACUGCUGCUCGGUGUGCGGGAGAGGAUUCGUCCAGCGGCGCCACCUCGUCCAGCACGAGCGCACUCACACCGGAGAAAGGCCGUUCCUCUGCUCGCUGUGCCCCAAGAGCUUCGCCUCCAGGACGGGCCUCGUCGACCACCAGAAAACCCACACGGGACAGAACCUGUACUCCUGCUCCAUCUGCGAGAAGGUUUUCUCCACGGCGUCGUCCUUCAGGGAUCACGUGAGGCUGCACACGGGGCAGCAGCCGCACCCCUGCUCGCUGUGCGGCAAGAGCUUCAACAGGCCGGGUCUGCUGAGGAAACACCUGCAGAAGCACGCCGAGCAGAUCCAGGUGGUCAAAGUCGAAGGUGUUGACGGAGAGGGGGAGAUGAAUCUUCACUGUUUCCUGUGUCAGAAGGACUUCUUGUCUGUGGAGAAGCUGCUGCAGCACCGGCAGCUCCACCAGAGGGCGCAGCAGUUCACCUGUGGGGUCUGCGGCCGAGAGUUCGGCCGAGCGUCACGGCUGAAGGAGCACAUGCGCUCUCACACCGGAGAGAGGCCGUACCAGUGCGACAUCUGCAUGAAGCGCUUCUCUGUGCUCAGAGUGCUGAGGAAGCAUCAGGAGAUCCACAGCAGGGAAGAGUGCAGCACCGCCGCCGCUGACGACCAAUCACAGCCUUCGGACCAGCCGAAAACGGGUGAAUCGCUCAGCGGGAUGAAAGUGGAGAACGGGAACGUCGGAGACUCGGUGACUGGCGGGAGCACCGAUACUGCGAAGGGAAGCUCCUCCCACAGCUGCCUCAGCUGUGGGAGGAGCUUCCCGGGGAUGUCGGCUCUCUUGGAGCACGCCAAGGUCCACGACUCGGAGAAGCCACACCGCUGCCCGGUAUGUGCGAAGAUCCUCAGCAGCGCGGCCACCCUGCGAGUGCACAGGAAGACCCACAUGGCCGACAAGCCGCACGCCUGCAGCAUCUGCCCCCGGAGCUUCCUGAAGCCCUGCCUGCUGCGCCAGCACAUGAGGACGCACAUCAGGGACGGGCUCAUCGCCGACCCCGCCGACAAGGUGUUCUGGUUCGACAUGAAGAUCGAGGGCGGGAAGGUGGAGGUGGGGAUGAAGAAGAAGGAGGAGGUGGAUGAAGGUGUGAAUGAGCAGACCUCUGUAGAUGUUUUCACCAGAGUCGAGCCCUCUGUUAACAAACCCCGCCCCACUGAGGGGCGGGGCAACAGCGAGGAGCGUAAAGAGCCAGACGUGAGUGGACUGAUAAACUCUGAUGGUGAGGAAGAGGACUGGAGGCCAGCGCCCGGCAACCCUGACGGACCCACAGACCCUGACGGACCCACAGACUGUGACAGACCCACAGUUCCUGAUGUACCUUUACACCCUGAUGGAUUCUUAGAUUGCGAUGGGCCCACAAGUCCUCGCGGACCCUUGAACCCACAGGCCGACAGUGGGGCUGAUGGGAAAUCGCGGCACUGCUGCCCCGUCUGCGGGCGCGACUGUUUCAAAGCGUCGGCGCUGCAGAAGCACCUGCGGAUCCACUCUGGCGAGCGUCCCUUUCAGUGCCCCACCUGCAGGAAGAGCUUCAUCCAGCACGUCCACAUGACGGAGCACCAGAGGAUCCACACGGGAGAGAGACCCUACACCUGCAGCAUCUGCAGCAAGAGCUUCACCUUCUCCAGCGCGCUGCGCCGGCACCAGCGUCUGCACACCGACGCCCGGCCGUACCAGUGCCCCAUCUGUCCCAAGACCUUCAAGCAGCGCAGCUCGCUCAAAGAGCACCAGCUGACGCACUCGGGCGUCCGCUACCAGUGCCCGCUGUGCAGCAAGAGCUUCAGCCGCGCCCUCGAGCUCACCUACCACGUGGACGUGCACUCGGAGGCUCGGCCGUACUUCUGCGACAUCUGCCAGAAGAACCUGAGCGGAGCCCGAGUCUUCAGGAAGCACAUGAAGAAGCACGAGCUGCAACCAGCCGGGCUGAAGGAGGCCGGGACCUCCUCGACCAAUGAGAGUCUCUGAAAGAGGCGAGAGGGGGAGGCCCGUGCUGGGAAAACCAGUGUGGACAAAAGUCAGCGAGAAACCUGUGAAACCAGUGUGAGUUCAGCCUCAGAUAUUAGAAGGACUUCAGAGGACGCGCUCGGUUAAAUCUGCCUUAAAGGAAAGGUUCUGAGAUGCUGUUAGCCCGCCUCAGCUCACGCCACUUCCUGUUGCAACUGUCAUUACAUUCCUGUCGUGGACACAGUGAAGAAACAGGAAGGAGCAUGAGCCUUCAGACUGUAUGCUAAGCUAGGCUAACAGCAUCCCAAAGUAACAGAACGAAUCUCUGCCUCCAAACGAGCCGCUGGUCCACAAUCCGGCCGGCUGAUUGGACCACACUGACCCUUUAACCAAAGUGCUUUUGGUGCCUGAACCACAGACACGUGUCCGGAUGUGAACCCUGAACUUUGCCGACAGCUCCUCGUUUGGAGGUCACGUGUUUCAAACGAGAGGCGUGGUCACGAAGGGUUUUUCAAACUUUUAGUGCUUGUUGAAUAUUUGGUGCUACAGAUCUGGUUCUGAUUUCAUUUCUAUAGAGGUAAAACAGCUGAUAUAUGAAGGUCAAAGGUCAGCCACACAGAGGCCUUCGUGCUGUUGUAGAGAGUCAGCGAAUUCACCCGAGUCUAAACUAAAAAACUGUCCUCGGUCCAGUUUGCUCGAGUCUCACCUGAACCUGAACCUCGAGUUUGUUUCCGGAGCUCGAGCAGCCGCGUGCAGAACCACAGAUUCCUCCACUACAACCAGAAAACACUAAAAUACUCCAACACUUCAUCGCAUCCUGAGGAAAAAUCUGUGGAAUUAUGUCAACAACAGAAAUAUUCCCGUCACUUUUACAGUAGAAACAUUUAAAAACACAGAAACAACACGACUGAUAUUUUUCUACCAGCAGGUGGCAGUACCCCUCUAUGAACUCUAUGAAGUUUUAUAUUUACACUCACUGCCCACUUUAUUAGGUACGCCUGCUGAGUUUACAGAGUACAGAUCUCUGGGAGAAAAUGCUCUGUUGGUGCCACAGAUCAGAGGAGAAUGACCAAACUUAUAUAACUCAUUAGAACAAAGGUAUGCAGAAGAGCAUCUCUGAGCACAUCACACCCUGAAGCAGAUGAGCUACAGCAGAAGAUCAAUAUCUGCCGCAACAUCCAGGAUCUCUCUGUCGGGAGGGCGUGAUGGUUUCUUGGCACGUCCGUGACAAGUUCACUGUCCUCCAAUGGCCUCCACAGUCACCACAUGUCAUGGAUGCAGUCCACAGCUCUGCAGUAACUCUGUGAUGAUGUCACGUCAACACGGACCAGUCUCUGAGGAAUGCUUCCAGCACCUCGUCCAAUCUGAGCCAUGAAGAGUUAAAGCUCUGGGGGAGGAAACGGGGUCCAACCCUGUACUGGCAAGGUGUACCUAAUAAAGUGGCUGAUGGGUAUGAUUUAUCCUCUCUUGUUACAGUAGCUCAAGUUAAAUACAACAAAUAAGUGGGAUUAUGUCCAUAAAUGAAACUGAAAUCUCCGCCAGGUGAGAAUACCUGUGAGAGUUUAUACGUCACGUCCAACAAACCUUUCUACGGAGCCCCUCUGAUGACAUGGUCCAAAAAAUAAAUCAAUUGUGGCCACAAAAUAAUACUUCGUGGGCACGAAAUAGGUAUAACGUGCGCACGAAAUGCUAAUUUGUGGGCGCGAAACACUUGACCGAUAACCGUGAUCCUUCCCAGGCCCUUGCAGUUGGUUGACAAUAAAAUCUAUCCCAGCAUCCAGGUCGUACUUACGUCUGUAAAGCAACUGGGCUCUCAAUAAUAAUAAUUGCUAUAUAACUUUUGCACUGUCCACUUCCUGCUGUGACAAAACAAAUUUCCCACGUGUGGGACUAAUAAAGGUUAUCUUAUCUUAUCUUAAUAUCCUGUUUAAAUGUCUCUCCGUAAUAAUGGUUCCUUGCAUUGCAGGCUUUUCAAAAUGCAUUUGUAGCUCAUUCCCAGCCUAAAAUAAAACUCAAUCAUACUGUCUCUGUCCAUGGUGUAUAGGUUUAGCCUACUCUUAUGCUUAUGUCUCUACGCAGCUGUCCAGGAAUUGUAUCAAUGUGAUGUGCACACGUUAUCUAUUUCGUUGCCACGUUAUACCCAAUUUGUCACCACAAAUUAGUAUUUCGUGGUCACGUUAUACUAUUUCGAGGGCAUGAAGUAGUAUUUUGUGGCCACAAUUUAUUUACUUUUUGGACCAUGUCAUCAGAGGGGCUCCGUACCUUUCACUUCCCGAUGAGGGAUUUUCCCACGAGUUGUAGAUAUUUCACGUGUUUAAAUGUUUGCAGGUUCAGUCUGUGGGAAGCAGACAGGAAUCUGAGGUGUCCCAGCAUGGAGAGAGUUCAUCAUCAGUUUAUAAUCUGAAACAUUAAACUGAGACUUUCACAAACUGUUCAUGCAUUUUAUUAUUUACAUAUCAAAUGUAUUUAUGGCGUAAACGACUGUCGUCAAACGGCAGGUCGUGGCUGAGGUGAAGUCUCUGGGCUGUUUGGUGGUGUUCAGAGCACCACCUCUGGAUGAAGCUGAGUACAUUCUUAGCUACAUCUUCUC